AUGUCUACUCCAACUGCCCCAACUACAACUGCUCCGCUUGCCCAAAAGAACUGCCACUGUGACUUGUUAACUUGGAAAGAUCCUGUUAAGACUGGUAAAGUUUUCGGUACCAUCAUCUUGACUUUACUUGUUCUUAAAACAGUGAAUUUAUUCAACAUCUUCUUCCAUGUUGCUUACAUUGGAUUAUUGGUUUCAGCUAUUCUUGAAUACGUAGGUAAAUUCGUCGUUGGCGAAGGUUUUGUCUCCAAAUAUAAGCCAGCAACCAAGACUUAUGCUAAGAAAAUCAACGACGAAGUUUUACCGCUCGUUGCUGAAUUCAAUGAAAAAUUUGAAGCUGAAAUCCAAAAGAUCCUUUAUGCUCAUGACAUUGAAGCUACCUUGAAGGCUGCCGGUAUUUCUUACAUCUUAUACAAGAUUACUUCUUUGUUUUCUUUGUACACCUUGAUCACUAUUGUUGUUGUCUUAGCUUUCACUGUUCCAGCUGUUUACGUUAGAAAUAAGAAGGAAAUUGACGCAGCUAUUGCUCAGUACUCUAAGUUAGCCAAGGAAAAGACUUCUGAAUACACUAAAUUGGCUCAGGAUAAGGCAGCUCCUCAAUUGGAAGCUUUAGCUAAAAAGACUGGACCAGUCGGUGCUAUAAUUAAGAACUACUUACCUACCAGAACAGCUGGCUCAACUGUUGGUAAUAACAGAGAUGCCUCCUUUGAAGGAUCAGCAUCUGCUUCUUCUACUGGUGCCUCUAAAUUCCCAGAUGUUCCUUCCUCAAACUUAUCAUCUGGCACUCAAGAAUUUGUUGAUGAAACAAAGUCUACUAUUCCAGAAUCGUUUUAA